AUGAUUCUACUUUCAUCAGGGUCUGAGUCUCAGUAUCCUUAUUUGGAUACAAAUGGGAUUAUUGGGAAUUCUGACUCAAACCAAAAAAAAAUAAUUCCUGAUUUGCAAAGAUUAUUAGCACCUGGGGAUGGAGACCUAGCGCUAAGGAAAUUGCAAGGAAUUGUAUAUGUGGAAGAGCCUAAUAAAGAUUUCGCUAGGUUUAAAGGGAAAAUUAAACUGCAUGGGUUUCCGAAAGCAUUGGAAAUAGGGAUUGAGCAGGCUUUAUUUAGAGGUGGAGUUAUAGGCGGAGUUCCAUGGGUGAUUGGUUUAGUUGCAUUUGCAGGCCAUGAAACCAAGACUUUACUAAACACGAAAUCUCCUACUAGAAAAACAAGUGAGGUUGAAAAAAAGAUCAAUAAAUGGGUCUUAUUUAUAUUACUGGUGCUUGUAGGGCUGAAUGUUUUUUCUAUUCUAGCAUAUUAUUAUCUAUCAAAUGAUGACUAUUCACAAGACUCCCUGGUCCAAAUUUUCAUUACUUUUACUUUGCUAUAUAAUAACAUCAUCCCUAUUUCUCUGUUUGUAUCAAUGGACAUCAUCAGGGUUCUCCAGGUUAUUUAUAUUCAAUACUCCAUGAACAAAAAAAUUGGCUUCAAAACUGGAGACAUUAAUGAAAAUCUUGGACAAAUAGAGUAUGUCGUAGUUGAUAAAAGUGGGACAAUUACAGAAAAUGAAUAUAUUUUACAAUGCAUUUCUGUAGAAGAUGAACAAUAUGUCAGAUAUCAUAAUUAUGAAAGAAGCUACUCUAAUGCCGAUGAGGAUAAACCAUUAUUUCACAAUCUUAAUAAUAAAGAUAGCACUUUUCAGCUAGCUGACAGCCUUGAGGUGCAACAUAUUGUGCCUGUAGAAAAUAAUUUACUCCCAUGAGUGAAAAUUUGCUUUGCUUGUCUAUUCAUGGAGUUGGGCAAAAGUUUUAUAUAAAUUAUUAUUUAAAAAAAUUUAUAUCUAUAUAGAAAAAUUUUAUAAAAUUUUACAAAAUUUGUUUAUAGAGAAAAAUUUAAUAAUUUUUGUUUUCAAAAAUGUCAGCUGCUCAUAGUUUUGCUCAAUCAUAAGGAGGGAGCUAGAAAAACUCAGAAGAAAAGCACUAGCUCAGAAAGAAGGAAUUAAAUGAAAACUUUUAAAAUGCAUGACUUUGUGCAACUCAGUAGUUCCUAGUGGCGAUCAAUAUCAUGGCCCUCUGGCUGAAGAAAUCGCAUUGGUGACUGCUGCAGAAGAGCUUGGAUUUAAACUAAUUCUUCGGUCUAUUGAGCUCUGUGAAAUCGAAAUUAAUGGAAUCAAAGAAGAAUUUACUAUCCUUGGGGCAAAAGCAUCAAAAGCAGACCAAUUAAAAACGAGAAUCAUCACUAAACAAAAAGAUCAAAAUGCUGUACUAUUGGUAAAGGGCUCUUAUGAGUCUAUAGUUCCUCUCUUGCAUAAUGAAACCAUAAAAAUCCAAAUUUCAAAUGAAGCAACCCGAAUCAGCUUAGAAGGUCAGCGCCCACUACUAUUUGCAAUGAAAACUUUAAAAAGCCACGAAAUAAUUGAUUUUUUCACAAAAUUAGACAUUGCUAAGAGAUCGCCUCUAAAUGUGGAUGGGAAAAUAGAAAACGUUUAUGCUGAAUUAGAAAAAAACCUCGAUUUUCUCGGGAUUGCUGGGAUAGAAGACAGGAUACUUCCUGAAACAAUUGAAUGCAUUGAAGCUUUACAAGCUUCUGGAAUGAAAGUAUUUAUGGUCAGCGGUGACUCUGAAAACAGUACCUUGGCCUCUGCAAAUGGCUCAAAACUUUUCAGUCAGGAUCUAUCAAUUGUCCAUAUAUACAUUUUUUCUUUAAAUUGCCUCAAUAAGAACAAUAUAUUAAUUUUUGAACGGGUAUAUCAAGACAAAUCUCUAUAAAUAAAAUCGACAACGAAUUUGCAUGUAUAAAAAGACUGCAAAAAGUUAUCAGCUCUAAAGUAUUUCAUGAUGUAGGCAUAGAAAAUAUUUCCAAAAGCCCUUCACAUAUUGACUAUGCCAGCUAUGACCCUUUUGUAAAAGAAAUGAAUUCUAUGAAGCCUGAUGAAAGCAUUGUGAGUGAAUACCUAGAAGAAGCCUCAAUGCUAAAAGAUAAGCUUCGAUCUAAGACAAAAGGGCUGUCUCUCCAUCCUUUAAUGACAUUAGAAAGCAAGUGCAUGCUAAACUUCACUCUAAUGAAUCGGCCAUUCUAUCCAGGAUCCUUAAAAUUUGGCUUAUCAAUAGACAGAAUGUCUUUUCGGACUGCUUUAAGUACUGAAGAUACAAGAAAACUCCUAGUUUGCUUACUAGUGACUGCACAGACAGCUUGCUUUUCUGAUAUGCUACCUCAAGACAAAGCAGAUUUAGUGCUACUUCUUAAAGAAAACAUCAUCUAUAAGCCUUUAGUCCUUGCAAUAGGAAGCAGCAAUAGUGACAUUGCAAUGAUUCAAGAAGCUGAUGUAGGUAUUGGCAUUAAAGGCAAAGAAGACAACCAUGCCAAAAAUUUCUGUGAAAUCGCAAUCAGCCACUUUGCAUUACUAAAAGAACUAAUCCUUGUCCAUGGCCACUGAAACUAUUCCCGAAUGUCACGAGCUAUUUUGCUGUAUUUUUAUAAAAAUUUCAUCCUUACUGUGAUUACAUUUGGAUAUGUUUUUAUAAGUGAUUUUUCAGGCACAUCUAUAUUUAACUCAGGCUUAUUAGUCGGAUAUAAUUUAUUAUACACCACUUUUCCUUUAAUAGUACUUGGCGUAUUCGACCAAGACAUUUCAGACUCAAAAAACGCUGACUUAAAGCUGCUGUAUUCUCAAGGAAUUAAAAAUUCUUUAUUCAAUUAUAAAGUUUUAUUUUACUAUAGCAUGCAUUCUAUAAUCCAAGGAGGAAUUUUGUUUCUGUGGGUCACAGAAGCAGAAUUAGAUUUAACAAAUGAAGAAGGAAUGACUGGGAAUUUUGAUGUAUUUGGAUGUGCGCUAUUUAUAGCGACAGUUAUUACUGUGCUGCUGCAUAUUGUAAUAGAGACUUAUUCGUUUAGCAUAGUUUAUGUGUGCUCACAUUUUCUGUCUCUGACUUUUUUAGCUUGCUAUUUGAUAAUAUGUACAGAUCAGCCAUUCCCGAACUAUGAGCUAAUCGGGAUUGGGGACAUUUUAAGCAAAAGUUCUAUUGCUUUAGUGAUAAUCCUUGUCACUCCGCUGGUAUCUAUUGUCCCUCAUUAUGCUAUAAGGCUCUAUCUUUCUAUAUUUAGAUCAGGAUUCAGAGAAAAAGUGUGGGCGGUUGAGGCGAAAAAUGCAACCUGCAAGUGCAUAUAUGAGCGCUUGGAACAGUUUAGUAACUGUUUGCUGUCGGUAUAUAGAAAUUCAACUCAUUGGAAGUCGAAAGGCGAAAAAAAUGGGUUUGAUAUGAACAAUUUGUUGAAAUUCCAGUCGCCUUAUGUUGAAAAAGUAUAUAGAGACCAUUAUAUUAGUGAUAAUAUAGCUAUGUAUCGGACAAUUUGCACUUUUAUUUGGGUUAUUUUAAUACUUUGGACUAUAUUUGAGUCAAUUUUUCUGAAUGUAUCUAUGGAUUAUACAAUUAUAAGGAUAGCUUUAGCAUUAGGAUUCACCAUAGUUCUCUUGAUAAUCUUACUAGAACACUUUAAAAAGCAUUAUGUUCAAUAUACUCUCACAAUAAUUUGUGUUGGAUUAUUUGCAAUGCACUGCACAAAUAUUGGCUACCAACAAAUCGGUCCUCUAUCAGCUGCCAUUGUCCCAGCAAUCACUUACAUUCUUUUUAAUGUAGACUGGGUAAAAAUAACACAUUUGAAUAUCAUAAACGUCAUUUUAUUUGCUAUAAGUCUGAUUUACUAUUGUUAUGGAAAUCAUCAGAAGUAUUCUGGAGCAUUAGAGACUAUUUUUAUUGCAUUCAUUCCAUUUAUUUUGGUAGUCUCAAUUACUUUAACAUCAAGCUUUAUUGGCUACAACUUAGAAAGGUCAAGAAGAUAUGAGCACAAGUUAAUGAAUAUUGCAGAAAACGGUGUCGAAAAAAUCCAAACAAUCCUCAGCUAUUUGCUCCCUGCAUUUGUAAGAAACCGUGUCAAAAAAGGAGUACGAUAUAUAGCUGAAGACCAAGGGACAGUCACAGUCCUUUUUUGCGAUAUUUAUGAUUUUGAUAGGAUUUGCAAAGAAUAUUCACCAAUAGAGUUGACUACCUUUUUAGAUGCCCUUUUUCAAAGAUUUGACCAGCUAUGCGAUGUGGUAGGUGUCACAAAAAUAGAAACAGUAAAUAAAACUUAUAUGGCUUGUGCAGGGCUGAAAGAUAGUGAAGCAGAAAUGAGUGAGUCGCUAAAAGAAGUGUCACACGCUCGUAGAUGCAUAGAAAUGGGAUUAUCAAUCAUUAAAGAUAUCAGCUCAAUUAAGCUUAAGUAUGGACCGAAUUUAGAAGUGAAAAUCGGAAUAAACACUGGACCAGUCACUGCAGGAGUUGUAGGAUACCAUAAGCCUCAAUUUUCAUUAGUUGGAGAUACUGUAAAUACAGCAAGCCGCAUGUGUUCCACAUUGGAAAAAACAAAUACCAUUCAAAUUUCAACUGACACAUAUAAAAUGCUAGAAAGCAGAAAAGGCUUGGAUUUUAUUUUCAAUAAAGUUGAAGCCAAAGGAAAAGGACUUUUAGACACCUAUUUUGUCUCUGAAGCAAAAACUAGUAGAGAUAUAGAAGAAAUCAAUAUGAAAGAGUCUCCAAUUUUUGUAAGAAAACAAUCCCUUAUAAACGGGUAUUUAGACACAACUCAGUCUGAAGAUCCAAAAGCCUCAACAAGCAAAUCUAUUUUUUCUCAUUUUGACAUGACAAAAGCAAUGGACGUUUUUCAACGAAAAGAAACUGAAAUGAUACAAAAUAUCAAACUUUUCAAUUUACAAUGCAAAGAAACAGGAAACCAAAAAAAAUUCAGAAAAAAUAAAGCCAAAGCUAAUUAUUGACUGGUGCUAAUUGGACAUAUAAUUGCGUUUUUUAACUUUGGAUUGUUAUUACUGAUAUCUGUUAUUGAAUAUUAUUAUGUAUCAAACUUAACGGAUGGAUUGAUAGUAAUUUUUAGGAUCGCAGAAGUAGGCUGUUUAGCUAUUUUACUUGUAUUUCAUAAGUUUAUUCAUUGACUUAGAAUAUACCCACUUUUUACUUUAUCUGUAUUAGCUUUGAUGCUUAUAAUUGAUCUGUUUUAUUUGAUUUAUUCCAAUGAUGUGCCAAAUGAUUUGAAUUUGAAUAGAAAUUAUCUUUAAAAACUUGUUUUCUCUGACGCCUUCAAGGUAGGAACAGUAUUGGUUCUGAGUAACGGAUAAGGGUCAUGGUCAUACCGUUAGAACCAGCUGCCCUCAGCACCAGCAGGUACUCUCUUUCCAGCCACCAGACGGAGUGUCACACCUCCAGGAAGCUGUCUCUUUCGUCCAAAGACUUCUCAGAAGAACCUAAGUUCCUCUUUUUAAGGACGUUAGAGAAGCAUAGUCCUCUAACGAUCCUCUAUUUUAAAUAUUGUGCCAAAUGAUUAUGUAGCACUUGAGCUUCUUUAUAUAAUUCUCAUACUUAAUCAUGCUAGCAACAUGCCAGUUUCUAUCAUAAUAUGAGCAGAUAUUAUGAUAUUCAUUCCCUGGCUGAUUUUUGCUUUUCUUGAUAGUGGCACUACUUUAAUUGCUGCUAACUCAGUCAUUAUUAUCGGUUUUAUCAUAAUAAAUUUAUAUGCAGCUUACUCAAGAGAGCUAAGACUCAGAAUAAAUUUCAAUUUGCAGCACCUUGCCCAGAAAGAAAUUGAUGAAACAAAUAAACUUUUAGUCCAAAUGAUGCCUCCUCAUGUUCUAGAAAAUAUGAAGCAGGAUAAAUCAAUAACUGACAAGCUGAAUGACGUCACGCUACUUUUUGCUGAUAUUGUUGGCUUUACUGCAUGAAGUUCUAACAAAACUCCUAAAAAAGUUGUAAAAAUGUUAUCUGAGCUGUUUACACAAUUUGACAAAAAAUGUGUGGAGCUUAAUGUAUUCUAAUUUUUAUUAUACAAAAUAACAUUUCAAAAUAUAUUAUUAGGCCCUGAUAUUAAAUAAUGAGCAGUUUAAAAUAGUAUAUAUAAAGUCCAUACAAUAGGUGACUGCUAUGUGGUUAUGGGCUACAAUGGAAAUGAGAACAGGAAUAUAGGCGAGGAAUGUGUAAAUAUGCUGAAGAUGGCUCAAGAAAUGAUAAAAAUUAUCAAUGAAAUUAACAGACUCCACAGCUCUAAUUUGAAUAUGAGGAUUGGUCUUCAUACAGGAGAAGUCAUUGCUGGCAUUAUAGGAACAAAUAUUGUAAGAUAUGAUAUCUAUGGGCCAGAUGUCCUAAUUGCGAAUAAAAUGGAAAGUGGAGGACAACCAGGGAUGAUCAAUGUAAGUGACGUUACAAAAGCAAUUCUUGAAGAAAAAGAGCCAGGGCGGUACGAAUUUAACUUCAAUAAAGAAAUUUCUGCUAACUCCCCCCCCCCCUCCGUGAGCGAACAAAAAAAUUUUGUUCGCUCACGGAGGGGGGUUAAUUUUUUUUUUUUAAAAAAAAUUUAUAUAUAUAAAUUUUAUAAAAAAUAUUUUUUUUCGAAAUUUAAAAAAAUCCUAAUUUGCAAAAAUUGGGAAGCAAAUAUUAAUUUAAUUUGCAAAAUUUAUGUUUUAAAAACGCAAUUUGUUUAAAAUUAAACAGAAUUAGCUCUAGAUUUCAUUAUACUAAUUAUCACUUAUAUAUCAAAUUUUUUUUCCAUUAAAAUUUUUUCUAUUAAAAAAAUUUUUGUUCACUCACGGAGGGUGGGUUUUUGGUCAAAAAAUGGCGAUUUUUCUAAUGGUUUUGUUCGCUCACGGAGGGGGGGGGGAGUAGUAAGUCUAUUGGCAGAAGUCAUAUGAGCUUUUUCACAAUUGAUACAGAGCAACCAACAUCUUAA